AUGGCGAGCACAGCGCCAGGAAGCGAUGGCCUGCCUUCCGUGCAGCGGCCGCCGAAAGACACGCGGCCGCAAACGGAAGAUGUUACGGCCACCAAAGGAAAUGACUUUGAGGACUUUUUCUUGAAGCGUGAGCUUCUUAUGGGUAUUUUUGAGGCUGGAUUUGAACAUCCCUCCCCCAUCCAGGAAGAGGCCAUCCCUAUUGCUCUGUCUGGCCGUGAUAUUUUGGCGCGUGCCAAGAAUGGUACCGGUAAGACGGGUGCCUAUGUAAUUCCGUCGUUGGAACGGAUCAAUACAAAGAAGAACAAGAUCCAAGCUGUCCUUUUGGUGCCUACACGUGAGCUGGCUUUGCAAACAAGCCAGGUGGCCAAGACACUGGGCAAGCAUCUCGGCGUGGAGAUCAUGGUGAGCACGGGUGGUACGACGCUGAAGGAUGACAUCCUCCGUCUAGGCCAAACAGUGCAUAUGCUUGUUGGUACGCCUGGCCGUAUUCUUGAUCUGGCAAGUAAGGGUAUUGCGGAUCUUAGCCAAUGUACAACAUUUGUUAUGGACGAGGCAGACAAGUUGCUGUCGCCUGAAUUCACGCCAGUGAUGGAGCAGUUGCUGGCCCUUCUGCCGAAAGAGCGUCAGGUCAUGCUCUUCUCAGCUACAUUCCCCUUGAUUGUGAAGGACUUUAAGGACAAACACAUGGUCAAGCCUUACGAAAUUAACCUUAUGGAUGAACUCACCCUGCGAGGUGUCACCCAGUACUAUGCGUUUGUCGAAGAGCGCCAAAAGGUGCACUGUCUCAACACCCUCUUCUCCAAGCUGCAAAUCAACCAGUCGAUUAUUUUCUGCAAUUCGACCAACCGUGUGGAAUUGCUGGCCAAGAAAAUUACCGAGCUCGGCUACUCAUGCUUUUACUCUCACGCCAAGAUGCUCCAGGCCCACCGUAACCGCGUAUUCCAUGACUUCCGCAAUGGUGCAUGCCGUAAUCUGGUCUGCUCCGACUUGCUGACUCGUGGUAUUGAUAUUCAGGCGGUGAAUGUGGUUAUCAACUUUGACUUCCCGAAGAAUGCAGAAACGUACCUUCACCGCAUUGGCCGUAGUGGCCGUUUUGGCCACAUGGGUUUGGCCAUCAACUUGAUCACGUACGAGGACCGCUUCAACCUCUACCGUAUUGAGCAGGAACUGGGUACGGAAGUGCAGCCGAUCCCAGCUACCAUUGAUAAGCGUCUUUAUGUGGCUCCUUCGCUCAUUGAGGAGGCUGAAAAGCGCGAAAAGGAGGCUGCUGCUUCUGGCAAGCCGGCGCAAGGCCCAGGUAUUAUGCAGCAGGGCCUGCCGACCAUCCCGCCAACACAAGCAGCGAUGCAUGCCGUUCCUGUCGAGCAGAAUGGCAACUUUACCAACACUGUGCCCCAACGCCGUGGCGGCGGUCGUCGCAACCGUCGCGGCGGUGGUAACAACAACAACCAACAACAGACCCAGAAGGAAACGCCUUCCUCGACGUAA